UCUGGACACCAUGUGAUUUCUGUCGUGAGAAUAUAAAGGAUGACAUUAAAAGACUUAGCAACCAAAGCCAGGCUAAAACUUCGAUUCUUCUCCAGGCUCCCAGUUGCUGGUACAACAGCCAAUGAAAAACACUACCAGCCAAGAUCUUGCCUCAACAAAGAUGGACACAAUGCGUUCUACCCUCCCUGCUGACUAUAUCACAGACAUUUCUAAUGAUACAACUUAUUCACAGUUUAUGACACCUUCUGUACAGAACGCAUCUGGGCAAUCAUGCAAUGUUGUUGUACCAUCCCAAUUUAUUUCCAAUGUCAUCCCUGCUGUCUACAGUAUCAUCUUUAUCUUGGGAUUUAUUGGAAACAGUGUGGUGAUUGCCGUCCUAUGUCAUCGCUCUCAUUUGAAAACUGUUUCUAAUAUUUACAUUAUCAAUUUAUCAAUUGCCGACCUGGUGUUUUUAUCGACCCUUCCCAUUUGGGCGGUCUAUUAUGCUACUGGGUAUAGUUGGCAUUUUGGGUCAGUGAUGUGUAAAAUAUGCAGCUCGCUUGUGUCCCUGAAUUUGUACGCCAGUAUAUAUUUCAUCACAUGCAUGAGUUUUGAUCGUUAUAUGGUAAUACUCCAUCCUUUUGGAUCCCAGUCUGAAAAAUCUCUAUGUCAAGCUCGCUGUGUCAUAAUCCUUGUAUGGACUUUGGCUUUGGUUGCAACCUUUCCAGCCAUUUACUUCCUGCGUGCCCACUAUUUGGAGAAUUUGGGAAAUACGGUGUGUGCAAUGGUUUACCCCCCCGAGAACUCCGAUCACUGGUCUGCGGCCAUGUCUUUGAUGAAAAAUACUUUGGGCUUCUUCAUUCCCUUCACAGUAAUAAGCGCAUGCUAUGGUUCUGUUGCCUAUCAUUUGAUGAGAAUGGACGUACGAGAGAAGAACAAACGUAAGCGAGACAAAGCAUUGUGGAUGGUGUUUGCAGUAGUGUUGGCUUUUUUCAUCUGCUGGUUGCCAUUUCAUGUAUUAACCUUCCUCGACGCAUUGUCAAAGAUGAAUUUCAUUACCAAUUGUCGAACCAUCACUGCGAUCGACACUGCAAUGCCAAUUGUAAUUUGCCUUGGUUUUGCUAAUAGCUGCAUCAACCCUUUUAUUUACUAUUUCAUGGAAGAUCACUUCCAGGUCCAGCUUACUGAUAUGGCUCAGAGUGGAUCCAUUAAACUGUACAACCGGAGAAACUCAUCGACCAGGAUCAGCUCCUUCUCCCACAGGAACAACGACAUGCGGGAUACUGAUGUGAAGAAUUCGUGAGAUGUUGGAUUAAAUGGAGUCACCAUUGUCCUCCCAACCUCACUGCCUUGCUGUUGAUUGCCAUUGCAUUUUAAUCUUCAAUCUCCAUUGAUAUUAAGGCACCAGAAAGUGUGCAGCUCUUGAUUAAAUCUACAUAUAUUAGAAAUACAGCAUUAUGGUAAUGAUAUAAUUGUCUUUAAAGGUUAAAACUGUAGAUUUUUUUAAUGGAAUGAUGCAUGUUUUAAGUGACUGGGAAUUCUCAGAUAUUACUCAGAUAUAAGGUUGCUCCUGAAUUCCUAGUAUGUUGAAACUUAUUUUUACUGGUUACUUCUAUGUCUGUAAGAAGUGCUUUUGUAUUAAGCUUUUGUUCAUUAUGAAGAUUACCAACCAUUUUAAUAACCCUUUGUUCUGGUGCACUAUUUUUUUUGUUACUAGGGUGAAGCUGUUACCACAUUUAGUCACUGUUAAAUAAAUAGCCAGACAAUGAGGGUAA